GUCCGCAGCCCCCGCCGCCGCCCCGGACCCCGCGCCGCCACCCCGGGCCGGGCCGGGCAUGAACGCGGAGGGGCCGCGGCCGCCCCCAGCUCCGCGCGGCGCGCCCAGGCCGUGACCGGGUCGGGGGCGCGCGGCCGCACUCGGGCCCGGGCCCAUGGGCGCGCCGAGCCGGGCGCGGGGGCGCUGAGCGCGGGCGGGCGCGGCCGGAGGAGCCAUGGACUGCAGCCUGGUGCGGACGCUCGUGCACAGAUACUGUGCUGGCGAGGAGAACUGCGUGGACAGCCGGACCAUCUACGUGGGGCACAAGGAGCCCCCGCCAGGUGCUGAGGCCUACAUCCCGCAGAGGCACCCCGACAACAGAAUCGUCUCCUCCAAGUACACCUUUUGGAACUUCAUACCCAAGAACCUAUUUGAACAAUUCAGAAGAAUAGCCAACUUUUAUUUUCUUAUCAUAUUUCUGGUACAGUUGAUCAUCGACACCCCGACGAGCCCCGUGACAAGCGGGCUCCCGUUGUUCUUCGUCAUCACGGUCACGGCCAUUAAACAGGGCUAUGAGGACUGGCUCCGCCACAAGGCCGACAGCGCCAUGAACCAGUGCCCGGUGCACUUCAUCCAGCACGGCAAGCUGGUCCGGAAGCAGAGCCGGAAGCUGAGGGUGGGGGACAUCGUCAUGGUCAAGGAGGACGAGACCUUCCCCUGUGACUUGGUCUUCCUCUCCAGCAGCCGCGGAGACGGAACCUGCCACGUGACGACCGCCAGCCUGGACGGGGAAUCCAGCCACAAAACUCACUAUGCCGUUCAGGACACUAAGGGGUUUCAUACCGAAGAAGAUAUCGACGGCUUGCACGCCACCAUUGAGUGUGAGCAGCCCCAGCCAGACCUGUACAAGUUUGUCGGCCGCAUCAACGUCUACAGCGACCAGAACGACCCCGUGGUGAGGCCGCUGGGGUCAGAGAACCUGCUUCUCCGAGGAGCCACGCUCAAGAACACCGAGAAGGUCUUCGGUGUUGCUAUUUACACGGGCAUGGAAACCAAGAUGGCGUUAAAUUACCAAUCAAAAUCCCAGAAACGGUCGGCUGUAGAAAAGUCCAUGAACGUGUUCCUCAUCGUGUACCUCUGCAUUCUGAUCAGCAAGGCGCUGAUAAACACCGUGCUCAAGUACGUGUGGCAAAGCGAGCCGUUCCGAGAUGAGCCGUGGUACAAUCACAAGACUGAGUCGGAAAGACAGAGGAACCUGUUCCUCAGGGCGUUCACGGACUUCCUGGCGUUCAUGGUUCUCUUCAACUACAUCAUCCCGGUGUCCAUGUACGUGACGGUGGAGAUGCAGAAGUUCCUGGGCUCGUACUUCGUCACCUGGGACGAAGAGAUGUUUGACGAGGACACGGGCGAAGGGCCGCUGGUCAACACCUCGGACUUGAAUGAAGAACUCGGACAGGUGGAGUACGUGUUCACGGACAAGACGGGCACGCUCACCGAGAACAACAUGGAGUUCAAGGAGUGCUGCAUCGAGGGCCACGUGUACGUGCCGCACGCCGUCUGCAACGGGCAGGUGCUCCCCGACGCCUCCGGCAUCGACAUGAUCGACUCCUCCCCGGGCGCCGGCGCCAGGGAGCGGGAAGAGCUGUUUUUCCGGGCCCUGUGUCUGUGCCACACAAUCCAGGUGAAGGAUGACGAUGACGUGGAUGGACCCCGGAAGUCACCGGGCUCAGGGAAGUCCUGUGUGUACAUCUCGUCCUCUCCCGACGAGGUGGCCCUGGUCGAAGGAAUCCAGAGACUCGGCUUCACGUACCUGCGGCUGAAGGACAACCACAUGGAGCUACUGAACAGGGAGAACGGCGUGGAGAGGUUCGAAUUGCUGGAAAUUUUGAGUUUCGACUCCGUAAGAAGGAGAAUGAGUGUGAUUGUCAAAUCUGCUACAGGAGAUAUUUAUCUCUUUUGCAAAGGAGCAGAUUCUUCGAUAUUUCCCCGAGUGAUAGAAGGCAAAGUCGACCAGAUCCGGGCCAGAGUGGAGCACAACGCAGUGGAGGGACUCCGAACUCUGUGCGUUGCCUACAAAAGGCUCGUCCCCGAAGAAUACGAGGGCGUCUGCACGCUGCUGCAGGCCGCGAAGGUGGCGCUUCAGGAUCGGGACAAGAAGUUGGCGGAGGCCUAUGAGCAAAUAGAGAAGGACCUCAUUCUGCUUGGCGCCACGGCCGUUGAGGACAGGCUCCAGGAGAAAGCCGCCGACACCAUCGAGGCUCUGCAGAAGGCGGGGAUCAAAGUCUGGGUCCUCACGGGGGACAAGAUGGAGACGGCGGCCGCCACGUGCUACGCCUGCAAGCUGUUCAGGAGGCACACGCAGCUGCUCGAGCUCACCACCAAGAAACUCGAGGAGCAGAGUCUGCAUGAUGUCCUGUUCGAACUGAGCAAGACCGUCCUGCGCCACAGCGGGAGCCUGACCAGGGACGGCCUCUCAGGACUUUCAGCGGACAUGCAGGACUAUGGUCUCAUCAUCGAUGGAGCCGCGCUGUCCCUGAUCAUGAAGCCCAGGGAGGACGGGAGCUGUGGCAACUACCGGGAGCUCUUCCUCGAGAUCUGCCGGAACUGCAGCGCCGUGCUCUGCUGCCGCAUGGCGCCCCUGCAGAAGGCCCAGAUUGUCAAAUUAAUCAAACUUUCAAAAGAGCACCCUAUCACUUUAGCCAUCGGAGAUGGUGCCAAUGACGUCAGCAUGAUCCUAGAGGCCCACGUGGGCAUAGGCGUCAUUGGGAAGGAAGGCCGCCAGGCCGCGAGGAACAGUGACUACGCCGUCCCCAAGUUUAAGCACUUGAAGAAGAUGCUCCUCGUUCAUGGGCAUUUUUAUUACAUCAGGAUCUCUGAGCUAGUGCAGUACUUCUUCUACAAGAACGUCUGCUUCAUUUUCCCUCAGUUUUUAUACCAGUUCUUCUGUGGGUUUUCACAACAGACUUUGUACGACACUGCCUACCUGACCCUGUACAACAUCAGCUUCACGUCCCUGCCGAUCCUGCUGUACAGCCUCAUGGAGCAGCACGUCAGCGUGGACACGCUCCGCAGAGAGCCUUCCCUGUACAGAGAUAUCGCCAAGAACGCCCUCCUCCGCUGGCGUGCGUUCAUUUACUGGACCUUCCUGGGAGUGUUCGACGCUCUGGUAUUUUUCUUUGGUGCUUACUUCAUGUUUGAAAACACGACGGUGACCAGCAAUGGGCAGAUAUUUGGAAACUGGACCUUUGGGACGCUGGUGUUCACGGUGAUGGUGUUUACGGUCACACUCAAGCUGGCACUGGACACGCACUACUGGACUUGGAUAAACCACUUUGUCCUCUGGGGCUCGCUGCUGUUCUACGUCGUCUUCUCCCUCCUCUGGGGAGGGAUUAUCUGGCCGUUCCUCAGUUACCAGAGGAUGUACUUCGUGUUCAUCCAGAUGUUGUCCAGCGGCCCUGCCUGGCUGGUCAUCAUCCUGCUCAUCACCGUCAGCCUCCUGCCCGACGUUCUCAAGAAGGUGCUGUGCAGGCAGCUGUGGCCCAGCGCCACCGAGAGAGCCCAGAGCACACGCGUGCGCGGCCACCGCCGCCUCCUGGAACUCACCCUCCUGGCCCGUCCGCAGAGCCCCAGCCCCAGGGCCGCGCGGCUAGGCCCGCACGCAAAACAGGCGCUGCCGCCAUAGCCUCCCCUCUCUGGUCUCCUGCACAGCCAUCCUGGCCCUGCGCCCUGUGGGGGGACCACUGGCAGACAGGCCACCAGUCCAGACCUCUGAGAGCCACGUGUGUGAGCCUCUCCCCACCCCUAAAGGAGACGCCGGGGCAGCAGGACUCGCGUGGACGUGGCCAGCAGUCGUCACCUCUUGUGGCACUAGUGGCCUCACGCUGCCUCCGUAGGGCAUUCAGUUGUGCUGCGAAGAAGGGCGCGCGGGGCCUGCCGUGUCCCCACCGCACGGGCCUCCAGCCUCAGGCACCCCCGGAGGAGGACGCCCUCGAGGAGACGCACCGCGGGGGUGGGGCGGGACAGCCCCGCCACCGCCGUGCUGAGCACAGGGGCCUGGCCUUGCCUCUGUGCCUCCUAGUCCAGAACACUCCGGUCCUCGCACUUCUGGAACCGCACCAGCCCCUCGAGCCACGUGCGCCCACAGCCUGUCAGCGUCGUGGGCUGUGCCCGGAUUCUGUGCGAACCCACCCCACAGUGGGGCUGGCUUCCAGGCUCCUGUCUGGUUUGGAGUGCGUUUCCUGAGGGGCUGCUGGCGUCCCCGGUGUGUUCCAGGGUGCCCGAGUCCCUCCUCUCCCCUGGCUGCCCCUGCAGAAAGCCGAGUGUCGUGUGUGCAGGGUACCACGGAAGCCUUCCCAGUACAAGCUCUGAGACGUUUCUCCUCACGCCCCCGGGGACAGAGCGACCCGCGCUCUCUCGGGAGAGGCGACCCCACCUGUUCCAGGGACAGAGUGGUCAGCUGCCCAGGGCACACCCCAGGCUGUGACGGCCAGACCAUUCCGUGUCCUCACUCACACACGCCCUCCAGGGGCCGCGUCCAUCUUCCAAAACCCCUUUCUGGCCAACACCACAGGCCUGACACAGAGACGGCCUCUGAAUCCAGAAAAGCAAUAUCGCCAUCCCGGACGGCCGCCCGCGCCGGAGACCGCGACCGAGCGUCGUGAUUUCUGUCAGACGCCCGCUUGGCCGGCGUCCCCGCUGCCCGGGCCGCAGUGGGGCGGGGGCCCUCAGAAGGCUGCUGCGCUGACGGCCCUGUCACUUCCCGGCACCGGUAUCUGUUUCUAGAAAUAACCUCUUCGACAUAGCCUUAACGGUCCGCAAAGAAGACUGAGAUUUCAGUCUGAGAUUCACGUUGUUGAAAUUGAUGCCUCUUCGAAGAGCACCACCCAGAAGCUGAAGUACAAGCAGGCGCCUUGCCCAUGGCGGUCCCCGUGCUGUGGGACCCGGGACGUGGCGCGUGAGCUCUGCGUCUCCUUCGGAAAUGCCCGACGUCAGGUGUUUCUGGAAGUUGCGAUUUCAUAAUUUGACCGUAUAAUGUUUCGCCUAUAAAAUAUUCAUUUGAACUAGGGGAUUAAUUCAGUGCGAACGCAUGGUGGUUGGGACAAGUUCAGGUGACGGGGAAACACCAUACCAAAGACGAGGAGAAAGGACAGAGAGCAAGAGAGGGUCCCCGCCCCCAGGUCCCCGCCCCGCCCUCCAUUCAGGCCUCGCUCGCCUCUGGCUCGGUCACGCCCCCCCCCCCGCCACGCCUCCCGUGACGCCCUUCGCGCCCCGUCACGCCCUCCGCUCCCGCCGGCUCCCAGGUCAGCCCCCCCUCCGGUCACGCCCUCCAGCCCCUCCCCCGCCGGGCCCCACGCGCUGUGCGUGGUGGCGCCCGGCCGUCCGCUGCGCGCUGGGCCCUGCGAACGGUGGUGUGUGCGUUUUUACAGCCGUUUUUAAGAACCUACUACGGGUACCGGCGUGAUGCCUGUAGGAGGACAGAUUCUCUGUGUUCAGUUGACAGAUUCUUUGUAAUGUAUUUUUUUAGAAAUCUUAAAAUUGCCUUUGCACUGAAGUAUUUUCAUAGCUGUUUAUAUCUCUUUUAUUCAUUUAUUUGUUAACGUACCACACCUAAUUCUUAAAGUAUGUUUUUAAAGCUUUUAUUUUUUAAGUUGGUGAACUUCUGGCCACUUUACGUUUAAAUUCUGGCGAGAGCUUCGGCUGAAUGUCUCAGUACCGUGAGCGUGAACUUUGAGGUUUGAUUCUCCUCACGCCCGUCUGUUGUGGGCACUGCCGGCGGCGGGCGUAGUUGAAGGCGUGUUUAGAGCACAACGUUUUGCUUACUUCCUCUUCACAGUCGACUGUGAUUAUCGUCUGCUUCUUGUUUCGUGUUUGAUUUCCAUCCUUCGGCCUUAAAAUAGAAGCUUCUC